AUGGCAGAAUCAGGAAAUUUCACUGCACCAGCAGUUCCGAAAUUCGAUGGAGAUUACGAUCACUGGAGCUUACUCAUGGAAAAUCUUUUGCGUUCGAAGGAGUAUUGGAGUGUCAUUGAUCCAGGAUUUGGUGACCUGAAAGGAAUUGAGACUCCGAAUGCAACACAGAAGGCUGCACUUGAAGAAGCAAAACUUAAGGAUCUGAAGGCAAAGAAUUACCUGUUUCAAUCAAUUGACAAGACCACCUUGAAGACUAUCACCCAGAAAGAAACUGCCAAACAAUUAUGGGAUUCUAUGAAGGUCAAGUACAAAGGCAGUGCUAGGGUGAAGCGUGCACAACUACAACGGUUACGAAGGACGUUCGAAGUCUUAGAGAUGAAAGUUGGAGAAGGAGUGACAGAAUACUUUGCAAGAGUCAUGGAAACGGUCAAUGACAUGAGGAACUGUGGAGAAAUAAUGGAUGAUGUCAAAAUUGUUGAAAAAAUUCUCCGAAGUCUCACGGAGAAUUUUAAUUAUGUGGUGACUGAGAAGAAAACUGAAGAACAAGUGCUACAAGUUGAAAACGAGCCAAGGAACGAGCCAAGGAAUUUUCGAGGAAGAGGCAAGUGGCCAUCUCAACGAGGAAGAAGCAGUUUUAGAGGACGUGGGAGAGGCAGAUCAUAUGUCAACAGAUCAGCCAUCAAUUGUUUUCGAUGUGGAAAGGUAGGUCACUAUCAAUUUGAAUGUACAAGCCUAGAGAAAGAGGCCAACUAUGUUGAGUUUAAUGAAGAGGAAGAAUUACUCUUAAUGGCGCACACAGACAUGGGUGGUGUUGACAGCAACGGGGUAUGGUUUCUCGACUCCGGAUGCUCGAAUCAGAAUUGA